GUCCAGGAGGAUUCGUUGUAAUCGUUUAGCGCGGUGUUUAUUUACCUUCGAGGCCUAUAAAUAGAAAACAGACGUCAUAAUAUAUAUAUAUGACAUUUCUGCAGGUAGCUAAGCGAUACCCUGGAUCCACAAAAUUCUUCUCCAGACGCACGGCCGAGUACAUCCCAAAUGACAAAUACUAUGGUUGGAGCACACUUAUGUACACCGCAGUCCGUCUUUCAGCAGAUGAUGAACCAACAGAACUCACAGCAACAACAGAUUGGACCAUGGAUGCAAAUGCCACAAGUACCACCGAUAAGCAUUCCGUGGAGUGUACCUGGAUUGCAACAAUCGGAAUUGGUUAGGUUCACUGGAGAGACCAGCUCUGGACCAGUACUCCAUCAGAAAAGAAAAUUAGAAGCACCAGACAUUGUUGAUAUGCAUCAAACAAAACAGUUUAUAACAGAAGAAAAGAUAACUGCGCAUUUUAAAGAUCUACAUAUCAGUUCCAAUUAUGAAUCCAACAAUCCAGUGCCAUCAACUUCCACUGCUCACACAGCAUCUCCCUGUUAUAAGCAAUUAAAUACGGAUUUGGAUGAUUCAACGAAAACAAUAAAUGCUGAACAAACGAGUGAGCUACAUCCAAGAUUGGUCCUUUCAGAGGAACUCAAGCGAAUGCAAGAGGAACCUAUUCUGCCAUCGACUCUUAUAUCUAAAUUAGAGAGACCUUCUAUGGCUUUAGUUCUUUGGGAACCACCAAAUAGGCAUCUUCGUAUCCUGCCAACGAGAGAUACUCCAACACCAAUUCCAAAUACAUCCGAUGACAAUAAUAACAAUAAUAAUAAUAACAAUAAUGAAACUAUUCCCGAUCUGAAUAACAUGUUAUCCAAUGCCACAUCAGCAUUUGAACCAAUGGAAUUAUGAGGAUCUCUGGUUAGUACAACAUAUUUAUCUCCAUAUGCAUUGAAAAUGCAAAAAUAUAAAUAUUGUACUUUGAAUUGGAAAAAAAUUCAACAUUCUGCAAAAUCUAAAGUAGAUUAGGAUAAAGAAUAUAAAGUAUGUUCUGCAAUUUCUCCUAUUGUAUAAUAAUCAUUUGUGUAACGCCGCAUUUAUGUGAAUCUAAAACAGUCUUUAAUAUACUAUUUUUAUUCAUUGAUCAUGAAUUUUAUGUCAUUUCAUCAUACUUUGUUGAUUCAGCUAUUUAAGUAUAAUACAUCUUUUUUGCUGUAUGUAUUCUUUAUUAUGUAUUUUGUUACAAUUUCUUUAUUUAUAUUAUUUGUGUAAUAAGUAUAUGAAAGAAAUGAUUGUUAUAAAGAUAUAAUUAAUUUUUAAUUUUUAUGCACUUUGAAGCAAGUAACCAACUUUGUCGUCUGGUAUUCCUUUUUUAGUAAUAAUUGGAUAUAGGAGCAACUAUUUAUCAAAAUCUUUUAAGAAAAUGUUGUUUUGGAUAAAAAUAAUAUUUUUAAUAAAUUAGCAAGAAUGUGACUUAUAGAACAAGUCACAUUUAACAUGUCUGUGCGAGACAUGCUCUGUGUUCAACGAUAUAUUGGUUUUUCGUAUACAUAUAAUGUGCUUCUCUUUUACUAUCUACUUUUUUAAAAAGGGGGAGAUAAUAGAUUUGAUUGUUUUACAGUCUUUACGAGUAGAUGUUAUUUUGUUUCGGACAUUAUAAUCAGAAAAUGUAUGUAGUCAGAGAAUUAAAUUUAUGUUACAAGUUCUAAUUGAAGUCAAACAGUGGAUAUAGUUUUGUUAUACAUUUGACUUUUCUAAUUUUAGUUCACGAAAAAAAUUUUUUAAUCGCUUAUAAUUCGUAAAUGAUAAACAUUGUUAAAGAAAAAUAUACUUCAACUCAAAUAGACAUAUUUCUGCAUAUUGUCUGCAUAGUGACAAAAUUUGAAGAUGUAGACGAUGACACAUAUACUCAAAGAUACGUCCUCAUUCAUGUCAUAACAUGAAUGUUGUCACCAAAAGAGGUCUUCUGAUGCUAUAAAAAUUGCGACAAUAUUCUGCUAAAAGCAGAAUGCAAUUAAUCCAUUAUUAUUAAAACAAAGAUUAAAAUAGAUGUUACAAUUUUAUGCUGUUACAAUUGGCAUCACAAUUUAUAAAUAAAUGUCCGUAUAUUAUGUUCAGCAUGACAUGUCUAUCUAAAUUAAUCAAAGAAUUGAUCAAAGGACAUGAAUUUGGAAUAUUCCAUAUAUUUGCUAUUUAAAACAAUCCUAUACUUUUUCAGUAAAGCAAUAUUACUAGAAAUUUGAAUGAAGUUGAUUUCGUCUAUUCUAAGGUUUUCUAAGAUUUUAAGAGUGGGAUGAACAUUUUCUUUAUUGUAAGAUUUUUUGUCAAUUUUCACGUCAGUUUUUUUUUUACUUUAGCACAAACGAAGGUUCUUUUACGUUUUGUGUUUUAUAAUUAUGUAUCUUUUGUAUUAUAUAGCGGAUAUUAUUAGUAGGACAACAAAGUAAGGAAAGAAUUUUAAUUUAGAGAAAAGUUGAAGAUUUGGGACUUAUACUCUUAGAAUAGAGGAAAUUAAUUAUAUUAUUAUAUAUUACUAAUAAUUUUUUUAGUUUAUAUUUUGCAUGUAUUAUUGAAAGAAUGUAUGAUUAUUGAAAAGCGUGAUAAAAAUAAAUGAUAGCAUAUAAUGUAGGCGCGUGUGCGUUUAUUAUGAAUGAAUGAUUACAUGUAUGUGUAUUAGUUUUGCAUUAAAAUACGAUUAUGAUAUAAUAAAACUGUAUCUAGAAUUUUAAUAAAUUACCCAAUCAACCAAU